AUGGUACCUGAACCCGUCUUGGAUAUCAUCUCCGUUGGCGUCUUCCAUGGGGGCUGGCGCAUUGAGCGCGCGCCACAGCCUGCUGCGCGAACCGAGGAACUCCACACUAGGGAUAGAGAGCGGGCGUAUGUACGAGCAGGCGUAUGUACGAGCGGGCGUAUGUACGAGCGGGCGUAUGUACGAGCGGGCGAUGCAUCACUGAUCGGGCACGACACGGUUGUUCAGCUUUCCCAGCUAGCAAUGGCACGCUGGGGUGGCGUUGGCGAGCCUCACGACAACCCAUCCUGGUCCGGGCACCUAUAA